GUCUGUACCCUCAUUCUGAUAUUACUACUUUUCGUUUCAAAGUCCCAGCUGCAUAAAUAGUCAGUUUAGUCAAGAUGCGUGCACUGAUUGCAUUGUUACUAUUGAUAACUGCUUGGGAAAGUAGCCUAUCAGAUCCAACACCCCGUUCCUAUGAAAACUAUUCGGUGUACAAGGUUUUCAUUGAAAGCCGAUCGGAUCAACAGGUUGUCGAUCGACUGCUGAAGGACCCAAACAAUUAUAACUUGUGGCAUCGUGGCUUAAAAGUGGUCCACAUAAUGGUGAGCCCUAUGGAAAAAGAUUCAUUCCUAGCUGUAAUGCGAAAGGAAAAUAUUGUUGUGGAAGUAAUAAUAUCUAAUGUGCAGACACUUAUUAAUGAGACCUGAGGUGAAACCAUUUAAAAAUUCAAUUGUUACUGGAG